ACACACGUGGUUUCUUUUCCAGUGUGUUUCUAUUUGUGCCGCGUGCGUCUGCAAUUUGGAUUCCUAUUCAAGUUGUAUUAAAAAGCAAAAGUACAGACAUUUAAAAUGGGUUUCAGUCCUCGUGGUGGUGGCGGCAGAGGAGGCGAUCGUGGCGGCGGCUUUCGUGGGCGUGGCGGCGGCCGUGGCGGUGGCGGUGAUCGCGGAGGCGGCGGCGGCGGAUUCCGUGGACGUGGUGGUGGCGGCGGCGGCCGUGGCGGUGAUCGCGGCGGCGGGUUCCGUGGACGUGGUGGCGGCGGUGGCCGUGGUGGUGGCUUCGGCGGACGUGGUGGUGGCGGCGGUGGACGCGGCGGUGGUGGCCGUGGCGGCGGUGCUGGUGGUUUCAAGGGCGGAAAAACGGUCACCAUUGAAGCACAUCGUCACGAGGGCAUCUUCAUUGCCCGCGGCAAGGAAGAUGCGCUCGUCACCCGCAACUUUGUGCCCGGCUCGGAGGUGUACGGCGAGAAGCGCAUCUCAGUUGAGACAAAUGGCGAGAAGAUCGAGUAUCGUGUGUGGAAUCCCUUCCGUUCCAAGCUGGCCGCUGCUGUUCUCGGCGGUGUGGAGAAGAUACACAUGCCACCCGGCUCCAAGGUGCUGUAUUUGGGUGCCGCUUCGGGCACAACGGUUUCACACGUCUCGGAUGUUGUAGGACCCGAGGGACUGGUCUAUGCCGUCGAGUUCUCGCAUCGCUCCGGUCGAGAUCUGAUCAAUGUGGCCAAGAAACGCACCAACAUUAUACCCAUCAUUGAGGAUGCCCGGCAUCCGCACAAGUAUCGCAUGCUCGUCGGCAUGGUGGACACAAUUUUUGCGGAUGUGGCACAGCCGGAUCAGGGCCGAAUUGUGGCGCUGAAUGCGCAGCAUUUCCUCAAGAAUGGCGGUCACUUUGUUAUCUCUAUUAAGGCAUCCUGCAUUGAUUCCACAGCCCAACCAGAGGCGGUCUUUGCCGCCGAAGUCAAAAAGAUGCAGGCCGACAAACUGAAACCCCAGGAACAGCUCACGCUGGAACCCUACGAGCGAGAUCAUGCCGUCGUCGUGGGCGUCUAUCGACCACCGCCAAAGCAGUGAGAACAGUGCGGACAAUGUGGCUAGAUUUUAAGAUAUAUAUAUAGAUGCAUAAUACUUCUUAUUCAGUUGAGUCGUAUUGUUUUAAGUUUCUUUUUAAAUCAAACAAACCAUAGGAUAACAUACAAAAUGCAAACUAUUUUUUGUAAAAAGCGUACAAAAAAAAAUAUAUAAAAAAAUUAUU